UCAACAUUUGGACAAAAUCAUACGAUGGAACUAGGACCAUUCCCCAUACAAUCUUUAGUCAUACCCUUCCUUCUGGCUACAUACCUAUCAGUCAAUGGCUACAGAAAGGGCUCCCUCUCCUCAUCUGGAGCAGUCGCAGGGUUGAUAGUUGGCUUCAUCAUUAUGAGCGCACCUUUAAGAGUCUUUGGUGUCACGUUGAUUGCGUUUUAUCUUGUUGCAUCUAAGGCUACUAAGUAUGGACAAGAGCGUAAGAUAAUAUUAGAGGAGGGCCAUCAAGUUGGAGGAAACCGUACCGCGUGGCAAGUCCUCAGCAACUCGUUCACUGCAACAAUAAUCGUUUGCCUUUGGUCGAACUUGUUUAUCUCUGGCUCUUUGCAUGCGCGGUUGAUGUCGCCAUUUACGGAGCGAUAUUUGGGCCCACCCUCAUUACAUACUCAGAUCUCAUGGUGCCCACUCGCAUAUCGGAGAGAGAUGAGCCGCAGUCGCGCACUGUUACUCGCCUAUUUAGGGCAUAUGGCGUGCUGUUUGGGCGACACUCUUGCAUCUGAGAUAGGUGUCCUUGCAAAAUCAACCCCCCGGCUCGUUACCACAUGGAAGAAAGUCCCCCCGGGAACGAAUGGAGGGAUGACUCUUCUUGGAACAUUUGCAAGUGUUUUGGGUGGGGCACUAAUAGGCGCCAUAUUAGGAUUCGAACUAUUCCUUGAAGGUGGUACUUGCCUCUCUGCCCACGACUGGAAGUAUAGCAAACUAUUCGAGUAUGGCCGAUUGGUUCUAUACGGUGCCGUAGCUGGCGCGCUAGGCUCAUACAUUGACUCGUUGCUUGGAGCAACACUUCAGAAGACGAGAUACCACAAGGACAAGAAGCAAAUCCUUCUCGAUGAAUCUCUGACUAGAGGACCAGAAGUCACCGAUAUCAGCGGUCUAAAUGUUUUGAAUAAUAAUCAGGUUAAUUUCAUCUCAGCAACAAUGACUGCCGCUAUUUUUGGGGGUUUGAGCUUCCAAGGACUCAUCUGA